AUGUUGCGAAGAGCUGCAACCAAUGCAUAUUCAUGGUGGUGGGCUAGCCACAUUAGAACCAAACAAUCGAAAUGGCUCGAACAAAGUCUCCAAGAUAUGGAGGAGAUAGUAGCUGAAACGCUCAAAAUCAUCGAUGAUAGUGGCGACUCAUUUGCCCAAAGGGCUGAAAUGUACUACAGAAAAAGACCAGAACUGAUAAAUUUUGUGGGAGAAGCCUUUAGAGCAUAUAGAGCAUUAGCCGAGAAAUAUGAUCAUCUGUCAAAGGAACUUCAAAGCGCGAAUCGCACAAUUGCCACCGUCUUCCCGGAACAAGUCCAUUACAGAAUAGACGAAGAAGAAUUCGAGGACGCGGAAUGUGGUUUCCAUGGAACCAAUUUAUCGUCUGCUGACAUUAAUAACCAAACAGAAAAACAAUGUAACAUUCCUAAACCUCCGAGUAUCCCGAAGAAGGUUUUUCGAAGUCCAUCUAUGUUGCUCUCAAGAAAAGGAACAACUAAAAAGAAUUUAAGUCCUGCAAAAUCUGUUUCAAAUUUAGCGGUUCAAUGUUCAGGUUUGAGCGAGGUUGAAGCAUUAGCCGAAGUAGACAAGCUUCAGAAAGAUAUUUUGGCUUUGCAGACUGAGAAAGAGUUUGUAAGGAGUUCAUAUGAACAUUCCUACGGAAAGUAUUGGGAAAUCGAAGACAAAAUUACCGGAAUGCAAAAAAGAGUUUAUGCCUUGCAAGACGAAUUCAGCAUUAGUACUGUCAUUGAAGAUAACGAUGCUAGAGCUUUAAUGGCCGCCACAGCUUUAAAUUCAUGUAAAGAAACUCUUAGUAAGUUGAAAGAAGUACGAUCACAAUCAUCAGAAGAAGCUAGAGAAACAUACAAAAAAGUUAAGGAAGCUCAUUACAAAUUUGAAAACCUUAGAGGUAACUUCAUUUCCAAGCAAACAAAUCAGCAAGACGAUGAAACAGAUUCAAAAAGCAAAGAUGAAGAAGAGAUAGCACUUAGCUUGGAAGAAGAUACACUUGAGCAUGAUAUAGGGAUGUUGCAAGAACGGAUUAAGGAAAAGCUCGAGGAAGAUUCAGGAAACUCGUUUACGAUGAUUGCAAAGAUGAUUGAUGAGCUUGUAAGUAAAGUAGUGAGUUUGGAAACAAAAGUUACUUCUCAUAAUGGAUUGGUAAAGAGAUUGAUAUCAGAAGCAGAUGAACUUCAAACAAAUAUACAAAGCUUAGAAGAGGAUAAGGAAGUGCUUAUGGAAGAUUCGGAAAACAGUAACAUGAGGAUGAAAGAAUUGGAAGAUGAACUGAAGAGAGUUAAAACUCUCAACCAAAGUGUCAAAAGCCAAGAUAAGAAUCUCCAAACACAUUUUCAUGAAGCUAACUUUAAUCUCGAGCAUCUUUCAGGAAGAUUGAAAAAUGUGAAGCUAGACGAGGAAGACGACAAUUUGGUACUUAACAAGAACACAAGUUUUUCAGAUGGGAAACUAAGUGAGGAUUCCGAAAAGCAUGUAGAUGAACUUUUUAGUGAUAAUUUAGAAAUCAUGAAUGAUCAUGUCGAGACAACAAAUGAGGAUAAGGAAGAUCAUGAUGCAAAUAUUGAUGAAGUCGUAAACGAAGAUGAUAAGACUGAAGGGAUGUCGGAGCUAACACAGCAGGAUAAGGAUGAUUUGUCUGAGACGACGAGUAAAGUUGAAGUCGAACCACUUGAUUUAGAACCUGUGGAGGAAAAAGAUCGAACUAGCUUGAAUCAGAUGCUUGUAAAUGGAUCAGGUGUCAGAGAAAAGAUUAUGUUGGAAGAGUACACGUCAGUUUUGAAGAACUAUAACGAUGUAUCGGACAAGCUCAACAACGUGGAAAACAAAAAUCGGAACAGCAUUUUCGAAUUGGCACUUCAGGUGAGGGAAUUGAAGAACGUAGUUGCCACUAAGGAUGAAGAGAUACACAUUUUAAAUAAGAAGCUGACAUCUUCAGAGCCAGAUGAAAGUCCUCGCGUCACUCUCUCCGAAGAAGCGCCUCUUGAAAACGCGGAUCAAGGAGAUAACACACAGGGUCCCGAAACUCUAUCUUCAGAAAUAGCUAGCACUUCUACUGAAGAUCAACCGCAACCUGUUGAAAACACGGGACACUUCGACGUGUCAUCUAUUGGAAAAACAAGAUUAAUUGUGGUUCGAGAAAAACAGAUUGACAAGCCACAUUCUCUUUCACCUUUAGAAAGGAAACUCCGUUUGGAAAUCGAUGAUUUACUCGAGGAGAAUUUAGAGUUUUGGUUAAGGUUCAGCACUUCGGUUCAUCAGGUUCAACAGUUCCAAAAAUCUUUACUAGACUUAAAAGCAGAACUAAGAAAAGCAAAGCAUAAUAACCUUUUUUCAGAAAACAAGAUAUCAUCAAAAGUUAUACAAUCAGAAAUAAAACCAAUAUUUAUGCAUUUGAGAGAAAUACGGACCGAGUUAUCACUAUGGUUAGAUCACAAUGAAGUGUUGCAGGAUGAUUUACAAGCUAGACAUCCAUCGUUGUGCAGCUUACAAGAUGAAAUAGCAAGUGCAGCGAAUCCAGAUACAUCCUUGAAGAGAGUUGAACUCAGCGAGUAUCAAGCUGCAAAGUUUCAAGGCGAAGUUCUCAACGUGAAACAAGAGAGCAACAAGGUUUCUAGUGAACUACAAGAAGGUUUGAGCUAUGUAACAGGACUAAAAAUCGAAGUCGAGAAAAUACUCGAAGAAUUGAGUCAAAUAAUGGGAGUUAACAACCCUGAUCACAUAAAACAUUCAUCAUCGAGUCGCACUAGAUUACCUUUGAAGUCUUUCUUAUUUGGAAUCAAGUUGAAGAAACAAAAACAAUCAAUGUUUUCAUGUGUUAAUCCAACAUUGCAGAAACAAUACAGUGAUCUUACAGCAGCUAAUGAUGCACCAAUAUAG